UGUGCUGAUCGGACGAAUGGGUUUUGCUGAUUGGCCAUCGAACAACGCAAAAAGGUGUAAAUGUAUGCUAGUUAUUCGCUCUACGUUUGUUUUUACUUUUCCCCUUCAGCUUCCUUCAGGGUUUUGCGGGUGUAUUGUGUGAUAUGUCAGGAAUUGGAAUGGCUAGCUCCAGAGAUGACGCAGAUGGUCAGAGCAAGAAUGCUGUGGUUUUACAAACCACUUAUGCUUCUGACAUCACUUCAGAGGAUAAGCUGAAGACUACAUCGACCUUGGCUAUGACAUUCAAGUGUCCUUGUAUCAUGUGCACUUUUGCCAGAGUGUUUAUGAGAUGGUUUCAUGCUGGAAUAUCUAAAUGGUCGAAUUUAUAUCAGGCCUCCAACACAGUGAGCCGCUCUGAAAUGGUUCUGGACAGGAACGCCUACACUGUGGUGAAGGAGGGGCAGGCAGAGGUGCUGUUCCCCAGCUCGAAGGACGUAUUCUACAACCCAGUACAGGAGUUCAACAGGGACCUCAGUGUCUCUGUGAUCCGAAUUCUCGCUCAACAACACCAGCGUAAUCUUCGUGAAAAGAAAGCGAAACGGCAAGCCAAGGAAGCAAAGCUCGCCGAAAAUGCCAAUAAAACAGCUGAGGAUCAGCGGGCCAAGGAACGAGUGGGAAAAGAGGAGCUGAAGGAGUCAGGAGAGAGUCAGGAUAAGGAGGCACAUCCUGCGAAUGGCGGUUCUCAGGAGAACGGUGCGGAGGAGCUAAAGCCGGGAGUGAAAUGUGAGACGGGUCUACGAGUCCUGGAGGCCCUGGCCGCCUCCGGUCUCCGCUCCUGCCGGUUUGCCCGCGAGGUUGGCGGUCUCCGUCAGGUGGUGGCCAACGAUCUGUCGGCCGCCGCCGUGGAGUCCAUGAGAAGGAACGUGGAACAUAACGGUGUCCAGGAGCUGGUGGAGCCGCACCAGGGCGAUGCCAGUAUGUUGAUGUACGGGGCGCGGAAGGAGCGGUUCGACGUCGUUGACCUGGACCCGUACGGCUCGCCGGCCGUGUUCCUCGACUCGGCCGUCCAGGCGGUGGCUGAUGGUGGCGUUCUUCAGGUCACCUGCACAGACCUGGCCAUCCUGUGUGGGAACGCGCCGGAGACGUGCCACGCGAAGUACGGAGCCAUGUCGGUGCGCAGCAAAAUGUGCCACGAACUGGCGCUGCGUAUCGCGCUGCAGUGCGUGGAGAGCCACGCCAACCGGUACGGCCGCUACAUUGAGCCGCUGCUGUCAGUCAGUGCCGACUUCUACAUCAGACUCUUUGUGAGGAUACACACGUCGGCCGGCAAAGUCAAACUGUCCGCCAGUAAGCUGUCUAACUGUCUGGUGUGCUCCGGCUGCGACUCUUGGCGUCUCCAACCGCUCUGUCGUGUGACGUGGAACGGUCCCAACGCCAAGUACUCGCUGCCCGUGCCGCUGGCGGACGGCGACAAGUGUCCGCACUGCGGCUUCGCCACGCAUCUGUGUGGACCCCUGUGGAGCGCGCCGCUACACGACGCCGGCUUCGUGACCGAGCUGCUGGAGUCGCUAAAGGAAGGCGAGCUCAACACCUACAAACGCAUGGUCGGCGUCCUAUCUGUGAUCAGGGAGGAGUUGCCGGACGUGCCUCUGUACUAUGACGCCGGCCGGUUGGCCAGUACGUGUCGACUCUCCGUGCCGCCCAUGCUGGACCUCAGGUCUGCUCUGCUGAACGCCGGCCACCGCGUCUCGGGCUCUCACUGUAACGCCUCCGCCAUCAAGACGGACGCGCCGGCCGAGUUUGUGUGGUCUGUGAUCCGCGCCUGGGAGGUGCUCCAUCCCGCCAAACGAGAGAACAUUCCCGCGGGCAGCCCGGCGGCCACUCUGCUGGCCAAACCUGCGCCAGAUGGUGUGAGUUUCAUUCGACACCCUGAGGCGAACCCAAAGUCGCGCGAGCUGCAGCUGAGGAGGUUUCAACAGAACCCCGAGCCGCACUGGGGACCCAAGGCGCGCGCCAAGACCAGCAUCUCGCACGAGGCGAUGCAGGCGAAACAGAGUCGAAACCAAGGCAAGAAGAGGAAGCGAAGGGAUGGCUCGGCGUCCUCCCCUCCACCCGAAGAGUCCGUGAAAAGAGAGAGGACGGAGGUCGAGGCAGAUGGGAAGACAGAGCCGGAGGAUGCGACGACGGAUGGAGCGCGGAAGGAUUCCACGAGGGGUGAUGGGGUGAAGGGGACUGAUCAAAUGGAAGUCGUAUCAUCAGAGUCAUGAAUAUAGCUGGUGAAGAAAA